UCCUCGCGGCGCGCCGUCGCUCCUGCUCCCGGGGGUCAAUCCGCAGCCGUCGGCUGGCCGCGCGGCGACCUUCCGCCGCGCGCGUUCUUCCGAGGCUCCGCCCCUCGCCCGCGGGUGCCGCCAUGUUGGGGGUCCUCGGCGGGGGCGCGUAGGCGUCCGCACAAGGCGCCGGCCCGCGCGCGCCGUGGCCCCCAAGAUGGCGUCCAUGCGGGAGAGCGACACGGGCCUGUGGCUGCACAACAAGCUGGGCGCCACGGACGAGCUGUGGGCGCCGCCCAGCAUCGCGUCCCUGCUCACGGCCGCCGUCAUCGACAACAUCCGCCUCUGCUUUCACCGCCUCUCGUCGGCCGUGAAGCUCAAGCUGCUGCUCGGGACGCUGCAUCUCCCGCGCCGCGCAGUGGACGAGAUGAAGGUCGCCCUCGUGGAGAUCAUCCAGCUCGCCUGCUUGGACUCGGACCCCUGGGUCCUCAUGGUUGCCGACAUCCUGAAGUCCUUCCCUGACACGGGGUCACUCAACCUUGAUCUUGAGGAGCAGAACCCCAACGUUCACGAUAUUUUGGGAGAGCUUAGAGAAAAGGUGGGCGAAUGUGAGGCGUCCGCCAUGCUGCCACUGGAGUGCCAGUACCUGAACAAGAAUGCCCUGACCACACUGGCCGGGCCGCUCACGCCGCCUGUGAAGCACUUCCAGCUGAAGCGCAAGCCCAAGAGCGCCACCCUGCGCGCCGAGCUGCUGCAGAAGUCCACCGAGACAGCGCAGCAACUGAAGAGGAGCACGGGGGUGCCGUUCCAUGCCAAGGGCCGCGGGCUCCUCCGCAAGAUGGACACCACGACCCCGCUCAAAGGCAUCCCGAAGCAGGCGCCCUUCCGGAGCCCCACCACACCCAGCGUCUUUAGCCCUGCCGGGAACCGGACCCCGAUCCCACCGUCGAGGACCCCGCUGCGGAAGGAAAGGGGUGUGAAGCUCCUCGACAUCUCUGAGCUGGACACAGUGGGCGCCGGCCGUGAGGCGAAGCGGCGGAGGAAGACGCUGGAUGCAGAGGUGGUGGAGAAGUCGGCCAAGGAGGAGACAGUCGUGGAGAAUGCCACCCCGGACUAUGCAGCCGGCCUUGUGUCCACACAGAAACUCGGGCCUCUGAGCAGUGAGCCCGCACUGCCAUCUACCAGCUACCUGCCCUCCACACCCAGUGUGGUCCCUGCGUCCUCCUAUGUCCCCAGCUCCGAGGCGCCCCAAGGGCCACCGUCCCGAGAAGCCAGCCUGCAGGCCAGCCGGCCACCCGAGGAGCCCGGGACCCCGAGCCCCGCGCUGCCGGCACAGUUCAAGCAGAGGGCACCCAUGUACAACAGCUGUCUGGGCCCAGCUGCGCCAACACCUGCAGCGCCCACCUCGCCCCUGACGCCCACCACGCAGCCGGCUGUGGCCCCCGCUGCCCAGACACCCCCUGUGGCCAUGGUGGCCCCGCAGACCCAGCCCUCUGCCCAGCCACAGCCCAAGAAGAACCUGUCCCUCACGCGAGAGCAGAUGUUCGCUGCGCAGGAGAUGUUCAAGACAGCCAACAAGGUCACGCGGCCCGAGAAGGCCCUCAUCCUGGGGUUCAUGGCAGGGUCCCGAGAGAACCCGUGCCAGGAGCAGGGGGACGUGAUCCAGAUCAAGCUCAGCGAGCACACAGAAGACCUGCCCAAGGCUGAUGGCCAGGGCAGCACCACCAUGCUGGUGGACACGGUGUUUGAGAUGAACUACGCCACGGGCCAGUGGACACGCUUCAAGAAGUACAAGCCCAUGACCAACGUGUCCUGAGGCCGCCUGGCUCAUGGCCCUGCCUUCUGGGUUCUGAGGGACAGACUGGCCACCCACAUCCUGCUGGCCCUGGCCUGUUUAAGUCUUCAAUUGUUUCUCUGAGGUGUUUGGGGCUUAUCUUUCAUAUUUUAUUAUGGGUUACUUUUUGUGUGAUCAGAGUACUUUUUUGGAUUCAAUAUUACAUUUUUCAACGUUGAAGUUAAACCAAAAAAGUUACAACUUCCUAAUCUAGUGCCUGUUAAGACUUUUACCUUUCUCGUUUUUUCCUGAAAGAAAUCCUGCUGAGUGCGAGGCCUUCUUGCUACUGUGACGCCCUCCCCGUGAGGCUGAGGGGCCCAGAGGUGGUGUGGUGCUGACGAGGAUGGCCAGGAAUGGGCCUAGCAGCGCCAAGCUGGAGCUGCCGGGCCCCGCCCGCCCAUGCCUGCAGCUUAUAUUUGUCUUUUGUAGUCGUGGACGUUGGCCGGUCUCCAGGACCUGCUCGCGUAAGACCGGAUUAAAGUUGAGCUUUUCUA